AUGCCUUACAGACUCUCCGCGACUUUGACAGCCCACUCUGCUGAUGUGCGAGCUGUAUCCUCCCCAACCAACGACCUUGUCCUCUCCGCCUCCCGAGACACGACUGCAAUUUCAUGGACUAGACACUCCGGUCCGGAAUUCGCUCAAUCCGCCGUCCUCCGUGCGGGCUCUCGUUAUAUCAACGCGAUUGCGUACAUUCCACCGUCUCCAGACGCCCCGUUAGGUGAGCAGUUUCGACGGCCUGGCUUGCCGCUCAGUAAGGGGAUCGACCUGCUUGCGCGAGAAAAUAGGAUGCGCGGGGAGCCCAACUACUCGUUAAUCGGUCACUCAGAGAAUGUAUGUGCUCUGGACACUGCUUCCGAUGGGACGAUUAUUUCAGGAUCGUGGGAUCGAACUGCCAAAGUUUGGAAAAAAUUCGAGCUAGCAUACGAUCUCGUCGGACACCAGCAAUCUGUGUGGGCAGUCUUGACAAUAGAUGGAAAGCAGUUCCUCACCGGGUCUGCCGACAACACUAUCAAAUUGUGGAAUCAGCACAAGAAUGUUCGUACAUACCCUGGGCAUACACAAGCAGUUCGUGGGCUUGCGUUGAUCACCGACAUUGGCUUUGCAUCAUGCUCAAAUGACAGCGAGAUCCGUAUAUGGACGAUGGAGGGCGACGUUGUAUACACCUUAUCUGGCCACACAUCGUUCGUCUAUAGUCUAUCCGUUCUCCCCAAUGGUGACAUCGUAUCGGGCGGCGAGGAUCGCACCGUGCGCAUCUGGAGGGAUGGCGAAUGCGCCCAAACGCUUGUGCACCCUGCCAUUUCCGUGUGGUCCGUCUCGACCAUGCCGAAUGGUGACAUAGUUACUGGAUGCAGCGACGGUGUCGUACGCAUUUUCACCGCCGAGGAAUCGCGAUACCUUCCUGGUGAUCAGUUGAAAGCUUAUGAGGACCAGAUUGCAAGUCAGGCACUGCCCGCACAGCAGAUAGGCGAUGUGAAGAAGUCAGACCUUCCUGGCUUGGAAGUGCUGUCGGAGCCAGGCAAGAAGCCGGGGGAGGUAAAGAUGAUAAGGAAUGGUGAAAGCGUGGAGGCUCACCAGUGGGAUAGCGCGACCUCAAGCUGGCAGAAAAUCGGAAAUGUUGUGGACGCUGUGGGCGCUGGUCGGAAACAGCUUUACGAAGGCAAAGAAUAUGACUACGUCUUCGAUGUUGACGUACAAGAGGGCAUGCCCCCGCUCAAAUUGCCGUACAAUGUCGAUGAAAAUCCAUACACGGCAGCACAGCGUUUUCUGCAAAAGCAGGAACUUCCGAUGACCUAUCUCGAUGAGGUUGUGCGGUUUAUUGAGAAGAAUACAUCCGGCGUGAACAUUGGAGGCGGGGGUAACCAGUUUGCUGAUCCCUUUACUGGUGCCUCGAGGUAUCAGCCUGCGCAAAGUGCAUCGAUGGGCGGUGGUUCGGAAUUUGCGGACCCCUUCACUGGUGCGUCUAGGUACCGAGCUCCCGGAAGUACGACCCACCCUCCUCCAUCUUCAAUAUCUCCUGGCGAUCCUUGGACUGGGGCUUCUCGUUACUCUCAGACAUCUUCACCACCAAUCAUUCCCCAGCCAAUGACCAGUGCUCGAUCUAAAGUUGUCCCUAUGCGGGAUGCGCUGUCAUUUCGCCAAGCCAAUGUGUCUGCAAUGCAGACCAAGCUGCAUCAGAUUAAUGAAUCAUUACGAUCUGAGAUUUCGACGUCCUCCCUGUCGAUGUAUCCGCAAGAAGUCAGCCUAAUCGACGAAGCCUUCACAUAUUUAUCGCAGGUUAUAUCGCGUCUAGCACAUUGGACGAAUCCUCCCGCUACCGUGAAUCCCCUCAAAGCCAGCCAUCUUGACGCCAUCAUUCAGUUAUUGGAACGAUGGCCUCGAGAAACCUUGUAUCCUGUAAUGGAUCUCGGCCGCUUACUGAUUGCAUUUUGUCCCAUCUACUCCGAGAACCCUACGCUCAAGCAGAAAUUCUACACUGCGAUGUUCAAUGCUUCAUUAUGGAGCGAGCCAUGGGAGACCCCAUUGCCACGGACGAGGGAAACCAAUGUCCUUUUCUUGUUUCGUGCCCUAGCGAACACAUUCCAGCAAACAAACGCUAGCGAUGUAGUAUGGGUCAGAAAGCUACUGAAUGAAUUAAGCAAUGCGCCAUAUACCGAUCUUUCAAAGGCACUUCGCGUCGCUUUGUCCACGAUCGUGCUGAACUUGAGCUGCGUUGGCUUGAAGGACGGUCUAGAUCCAGAUAUCAGAUCUUUGCUUUUUAAUCUGGCUAUUCAUAUCCUGAAAAGCGAGAACAGCGAGUCGGAAGCUGCAUACCGCGCCUUGGUAGGAUUGGGUAACAUUAUUUAUGAGGCCAAACAGCAUAGUCAUGGCCUUGAUACAUCGCAAUCUCAGGCGAGUAAGCAGUGUUUAACUGCCUUGUCGAAUACGUUCUCCGAAGAUCGCAUUAAAGAUGUCUCGGGAGAGGUCGUAACGCUGCUAUGA